UCACAUUUCAAACAAGUUCUGGGAAAAAAAAUUAAAGGAAAAUUGAAAAAAUUGUACAAAAUUUUUCAAAAAUAAAUAAAAGGAAAUCAGCACAAAAUGUCUGAGUACGAGGAAGCGGAGCGCAAAGACAAACUCGAGAGCGUUGCCAGAUUUAAUAAGAAUCUGCAGAGUAACGAGGUGUUAACGCUGCACUACCUGGGACUGCCAUAUUUGGUGCUGUGCCGCAGCCCGCAGCUGCGCCUCAAGGUGCCGCUGAGCACCUGCAACUACCAGGAUGGCGAAACUGAGGGCAUUGCGCUGCAGCUGAUCUUCACCUGUCCGGUCAACUAUCCGCUCCAGCUGCCAACCGUUGAGCUGGUCGAGAAGCGUAAUGUUAGCCGGGAGCUGGAUAAAAAACUGCGCGAGGAGAUCGCUGUGGCGCUGGAGCAGCACCUGGGUCUGUACAUGAUUGUGCCGGUGGUGACGCGGGUGCAGAUGCUGCUGAACAACGAAUUGAGGCACCAUUAAAGAAUCGCUCGGA